ACUUCUAGGCAGUUCCCUGCUGAAUUCCUUUUAGUUUGGCCAGAUCCGAAUUGGGUCAACAGGCAGACUAUAUGAAAAUAACUUAGGAGCAGAAAUCUACAACGAAGUUUUUUAAAACUUAAAUGGAAGUUGGCCUUAGAAACCAUUUUGUGGCAUGACAUCACUGCCAAUAUGCAUGACGUCACCAAGAGAAUGUGAUGCUUGUCCCCACAGCAAAAGCUCACAAAGCUACGUUUGCGCAUGUCUAAUGUAAAGGUGGUGUAGCCGCGCAUGCUCUAGAGGUCGAGGAGGGUGUCACGGUCGCUGACGAUCGGCGGGCGCAGCACACUUGCCCCGGAAGUGCUUGGCGCGCGGCGCGGCUGGGCGCUAAGAUGGCGGCGGCGUGAGUUGCAUGUUGUGCGAGGAUCCCGGGGCUGCCGCAUUGCUCCGGCCCCGCCAUGGCCGUCACCAUCACACUUAAAACGUUGCAGCAGCAGACCUUCAAGAUCCGCAUGGAACCUGACGAGACGGUGAAGGUGCUGAAGGAGAAGAUAGAAGCUGAGAAGGGCAGAGAUGCUUUCCCUGUGGCUGGACAGAAACUCAUCUAUGCUGGCAAGAUCUUGAGUGACGACAUUCCCAUCAAGGAAUACCAUAUAGAUGAGAAGAACUUUGUGGUUGUCAUGGUGACCAAGGCCAAGGCUGGUCAGGGUACCCCAGCACCCCCAGAGGCCUCACCCACUGCUGCCCCGGAGCCCUCCACACCUUUUCCUCCAGCCCCAGCAUCCGGCAUGUCUCAUCCUCCACCUACCAACAGAGAGGACAAGAGCUCAUCAGAGGAGUCAGCCACCACAACGUCUCCAGAAUCCAUUUCUGGCUCUGUUCCCUCUUCAGGUAGCAGCGGGCGAGAGGAAGACGCAGCUUCCACAUUAGUGACUGGCUCUGAGUAUGAGACGAUGCUGACUGAGAUCAUGUCCAUGGGCUACGAGCGGGAGCGGGUUGUGGCCGCAUUGAGGGCCAGCUACAACAACCCCCACCGAGCCGUGGAGUACUUGCUCACGGGAAUUCCAGGAAGCCCUGAGCCUGAACAUGGUUCUGUCCAGGAAAGCCAGGCGCCCGAACAACCGGCCACAGAAGCAGCAGGGGAGAACCCCCUAGAGUUCCUGCGGGACCAGCCUCAGUUCCAGAACAUGCGGCAAGUGAUUCAGCAGAACCCGGCGCUGCUGCCUGCUCUGCUCCAGCAGCUGGGCCAGGAGAACCCUCAGCUCUUGCAGCAAAUUAGCCGUCACCAGGAGCAGUUCAUCCAGAUGUUGAAUGAGCCCCCCGGGGAGCUGGCGGACAUCUCUGAUGUAGAGGGGGAGGUUGGUGCCCUAGGUGAGGAGGCCCCACAGAUGAACUAUAUCCAGGUGACACCGCAGGAGAAGGAAGCUAUAGAAAGGCUGAAGGCACUGGGCUUCCCGGAGAGCCUGGUGAUCCAGGCCUACUUCGCGUGUGAGAAAAAUGAGAACUUGGCUGCCAACUUCCUCCUGAGUCAGAACUUUGAUGAUGAGUGAUGUUGGGAGGCUAGAAGGCCCCCACCCCACUCCAUAAAAGUUUAUAAGAGAAAAGUAUAUAUAUAUAUAUAUCUCACAUAUAUAUAUUCAUGUUUAUUUAAGAGGAAGAAAAAUCAAAAACCAUUAAAAAAAAAAAAAACAACCCACCCAGCCCAGCUUCCUACCCUCCUGAAGUGGCCCCUAUUCCCAUCUGUCUGAGAAGACCUGGGCCACACAGCUGUCCCUAUCCUCUCAACAGAGCCCAGCCUGCCCAAAGUUGUUGGCAAGACCAGGAGGCGACAGAUGGGCCCCUCUUGGCCUCUGUCCCAGCUCCCUGUAGCCAGAUGGAGAGGUGCCUGCCUGUUUCCCCAGCCCCUGAAGCAUCCCCAAGGACAACCCUCCUUCCUCCACCAUGAGGGGAAGCUGGAGCCCUAAACCUUUAUCUCCAUUGGAGUGGCCCCGAUCUUUCCAUCUGGAGUAAGGCUGUUAGAAGCCCAAGGCCUUCUCCCCAGUCUGGCCUUGGCCUCCAGCCUGGAAAAGGGGUAACAUCAGUUCUGAAGGCCAAGGCCACCCCUUCCCCAGGACAGAAACACCUCUGAUAAAGGUUUUGAAGUGAAUAAAGUUUUAAAAAUGAGCCCUAA